AUGGCACGCUUAGCAGCAGGGCGCGCUGGCGCACUUCACAGUGGGGCGCUCUGGCGCUCUGGCGCGCUGGGCUGCGGGGCGCGCUGGCGUGCUGGGCUGCGGGGCGCGCUGGGCUGCGGGGCGCACUGGCGCGCUAGGCUGCGGGGCGCGCUGGCACGCUGGGCUGCGGGGCGCGCUGGCGCGUUUAGGGCUGCGGGGCGCGUUGGGCUGCGGGGCUGCUCGCGGGCAGAAGGGGCGCGCAGUGCAGGGGCUGCUCGCGGGCAGCAGGGGCGCUUGGGACCCACACGCGCGCGGCCAGUUUUGCCCUGCGUCCCGUCCCGUCGCGCCCGCAGCGCCUGCCCGUCCCGUCCCGUCGCGCCAGUGGCGCCUGCCCGUCCCGUCGCGUCGCGCCCGAAGCGCCUGCCCAUCCCGUCCCGUCGUGCCCGCUGCGCCCGCCCAUCCCGUCCCAUCGCGCCUGCUGCACCUGCUCGCCCCGUCCCAUGCGCUGCCCCUUCGCCCCGCCGCUGGUCGUGA